AUGGUUGAAGAAAUGGUAAGAGAGUGUCUACCAUGUCAAGCUGCAAACCAUGAUGCAAAGCCGGUUCCUGAGCCUCUACAAAUGUCCCCACUACCACAAGGUCCGUGGCAAGAGCUAUCCAUGGAUUUCUGUGGUCCUUUUCCAAAUGGAGACUACUUGUUAGUCGUGACUGAUGACUUCAGCAGAUUUCCAGAAGUUGAGAUCCUGAGGUCAACAUCAGCAAAAGCAGUAAUUCCACACCUUGACAGUAUCUUUGCUAGACAAGGAAUUCCCAACAUAGUAAGAACUGACAAUGGUCCACCUUUUAACAGCGAAGAUUUCCAAAAGUUUGCCACUCACUUUGGUUUCACUCAUCGCAGAAUAACUCCUAUGUGGCCCAGAGCAAAUGGGGAGGCGGAGAGACUGAUGAGAACACUAGAGAAGGCAAUUAGGACAGCCGUCAUAGAAGGCAAGAGCUGUUCACCUUUCUUCGGCAGUACAGGGCAACCCCCCACAGCACCACAGGAAAGUCUCCAUCUGAAUUGUUGA